AUGGGGAUACAGAGAGAAAGAGGAGACACUCCAGAAAGACCUGCAGGUGGGGAGUACCAGGUUGAAACCAAGGACACCUUCCUGGAGGAGCUGCUGUUUGAGCCAGCUCUGAGAACAGGUGGGGACAGGACUGGAGAGGAGGAGGGGGUCCCCUAUGAGCAGAGACUGGCCACCACCCCAUCUAACACCCCCACAGGGCCUCUGUGGCAUCCCUGUCCAGUCCCUGUCACCACCCAGUUUUUCCCUCUGGACCUAGGAAUUCAAAGUAAGCAAGGAGAUCCGCUGCUCCAGUUGGCUGCAAAUAAUUACAACCUUGAGCCCAAGCAGCACUUUGGGUCCUGGUUUGGGACCAUGAAGCGGCUCGUUUGUUUGACUGUAUAUGAAAUUCUUGGCCUCCUCGGCAUUGCGCCAUCAAAGACAAAGUUGUCCUCCCACUUCUCGUCCUGCAUUGCUGCCAUCACAGCUCUCAGCACUAAAAAGGUGGCUUCAGACUCCUCCAAAGAACAAGUGGCCAAUUCGAGGGAAUCCUCCCCAUUACUAAAAGAAAUAAACGACAGUCCGAGAGCCGCUGCCAAGUCUCCUGAAUCCCGGAAUCUCAUCGACGGGACAAAAAAACCAUCCCUAAAGCAACCGGAUAGUCCCAGAAACAUCUCAGAGAACAGCAGCAAGGGAACCCAGUCCUCUCCUGCAGGAUCCACACCAGCAAUCCCCAAAGUCCACAUAAAAACCAUUAAGACAUCUUCUGGGGAAAUCAAGAGAACAGUGACCAGGGUAUUGCCAGAAGUGGAUCUUGACUCUGAGAAGAAACCUUCCGAGCAGAUGGCGUCUGUGAUGUCCUCUGUGACAUCCCUUCUGUUGCCUCCAGCAUCAGCCACCGCCAUUUCCUCUCCCCCCAGGGUGCCUCUCCAGUCUGCAGUGGUGACCAAUGCAGUUUCCCCUGCAGAGCCCACCCCUAAACAGGUCACAAUCAAGCCUGUGGCUACUGCUUUCCUCCCAGUGUCUGCUGUGAAGACAGCAGGAUCCCAAGUCAUUAAUUUGAAGCUCGCUAACAACACCACGGUGAAAACCACGGUCAUACCUGCUGCCUCUGUCCAGAGUGCCAGCAGCACCAUCGUUAAAGCUGCCAAUGCCAUCCAGGAGCAAACUGUCAUGAUGCCAGCAUCCAGCCUGGCCAAUGCCAAACUUGUGCCAAAGACUGUGCACCUUGCCAACCUUAACCUUCUGCGUCAGGGUGCCCAGGCCACCUCUGAACUCUGUCAAGUGCUAACCAAAACUCAGCAACAAAUAAAGCAGGCAAUAAUCAAUGCAGCAGCCUCACAACCCCCCAAAAAGGUGUCUGGAGUCCAGGUGGUGUCGUCCUUGCAGAAUUCUGUGGUUGAAACUCUCAACAAGGUGCUGAGCAGUGUCAAUCCAGUCCCUGUUUACAUCCUAAACCUCAGUCCUCCUGCCAAUGCAGGGAUCACAUUACUGAUGCAUGGGUACAAGUGCUUGGAGUGUAGGGACUCCUUUGCACUGAAGAGUCUGACCCAGCACUACGACAGAUGGAGCAUGUGCAUCGAAGUAACAUGCAACCAUUGUACAAAGAACCUCGUUUUUUACAACAAAUGCAGCCUCCUUUCCCAUACCCAUGGGCAUAAGGAGAAAGGGGUAGUAAUGCAAUGUUCCUACUCAAUUUUAAAGCCAGUCCCAGCAGGUCAAAUGACAGUUUCUCCAUCAAGCAAUACUUCUUCUUCAUCUUCCACUCUUCAGAGCCCUGCGGGAGCUGGCAUACACACUGUCACAAAAAUUCAGUCUGGCAUAACUGAGACAGUCAUAUCGGCUCCUUCAAGCACUCCCAGCACCACAGCCAUGCCCCUAGAUGAAGACCCCUCCAAACUGUGUAGACAUAAUCUAAAAUGUUUGGAGUGUAAUGAAAUCUUCCAGGACAAGACAUCGCUGGCUACGCUUUUCCAGCAGGCUGCAGAUAUGAGUGGACAAAAGACUUGUACUAUCUGCCAGAUGCUGCUUCCUAAUCAGUAGAGGAUCCAUCAGCACAAAUCUCCCUACACCUGCCCUGAGUGCAGGGCCAUCUGCAGGUUGGUGCACUUCCAGACCCACGUCACCAAGAACUGUCUACACUACACAAGGAGAAUAGGAGAACCAAAAAUAAUAUGUAAGUGUUCCAUGUGCAACACUGUGUUCACCCUGCGAACCUUGCUGUAUCGCCACUUUGACCAACACAUUGAAAACCAGAAGAUGUCUGUUUUCAAGUGUCUAGACUGUUCUCUUUUAUAUGCACAGAAGCAACUUAUGAUGGACCAUAUCAAGUCUAUGCAUGGGACAUUGAAAAGUAUUGAAGGGCACUUGGGUGUAAACUUGCUUUUGAGCAUUAAGCCUGCAACUUAUAAUUCAGCAUAUCAGAACAAAGAGGACAGCAAAUCCAUGAAUGGGAAAGAGAAAUUGGAAAAGAAAUCUCCAUCUCCUUUGAAAAAAUCAAUGGAAACCAAGAAAGUGGCCAGUCCUGGGUGGACGUGUUGGUAGUGUGACCGCCUGUUCAUGCAGAGAGAUGUGUACAUAUCCCACGUGAGGAAGGAGCAUGGGAAGCAAAUGAAAAAACACCCCUGCUGCCAGCGUGACAAGCCUUUCAGCUCGUCCCACAGCCUGUGCUGGCACAACCGGAUCAAGCACAAAGGCAUCAGGAAAGUGUAUGCCUACUCACACUGCCCAGACUCCAGAGGUACCUUUACCAAACGGUUGAUGCUGGAGAAGCAUGUCCAGCUGAUGCACGGCAUCAGCGACCCUGACCUGAAAGAAAUGACAGACACCACCAAUGAGGAGGAAACAGAAAUAAAAGAAGAUGCCAAGGUCCCCAGCCCCAAGUGGAAGUUGAAAGAACUGGUUCUGGAGUUCAGGCCUCCAAGAGGAGCAAUCACUCAACCACUGAAAAAGCUGAAAAUCAAUGUUUUUAAGGUUCACAAGUGUGCCAUGUGUUGCUUCACCACCGAAAACCUGCUGCAGUUCCACGAACACAUCCCUCAGCACAAAUCGGAUAGUUCUUCCUACCAGUGCCGGGAGUGUGGCCUCUGCUAUAUGUCUCACGUCUCUCUGUCCAGGCACCUCUUUGUUGUACACAAGUUAAAGGAACCUCAGCCAGUGUCCAAGCAAAAUGGGUCUAGGGAAGAUAACCAACAGGAGAACAAACCCAGCCACAAGGACGAAUCUCCCAAUGGCGUCAUGUCAGACAGAAAGUGCAAAGUGUGCGCAAAAACUUUUGAAACUGAAGCUGCCUUAAACACUCAAAUGCAGACACAUGGUAUGGCCUUCAUCAAAUCCAAAAGGAUGAGCUCAGACGAGAAAUAG